AUGUCCAAUGUCACAGAUCCGACAUACCUCAAGUUCUGUGGACAGAAGCUGAUCGAGAUGUAUAAGUGGAAAAGGGAAGAUCGUCUGCACGGCGGAGCCAUUGCUUACCCUCUAUAUGCAGUUCCUUUCGUUAUGGUAGAGCAUAACUAUCAGCCUCUCAAUGGGCGAGGUAAAUCAGAUACUGCAUAUAGACCCGAUCAGCAUAUUUAUCGCAUUCCGACAGGAGAUCCACGCCCCAUAUUAUCCAAGUUUGAUGUCAAUCUCAACAGCACCUGGCAGCACACAAAUCCCGUGGAUAUUCCAGGUCUCCAAACGCCCCUUGCAAGUCCAUUUUACUGGAACCACUAUGACCUAUUUGGUCCUAUUCUGUCACUCUUACAAACUGAAUUGGAGGGAGCUGAUAAAGAUAGAUUCUUCCUGCCUCUGACCGCUUUAUAUGGUCGGUGGUGCGCCGAGAUUGGAGGCAAUAGGGGAACGGCUGAACCACCACCUGGGACGAUAGGCGUUGGUGCUGCGCCAGCUGGUUUACAAUGCACAUGGGUUAAAGACAAGGAAGACAAGAUCUACUUCGCUUUAGGGUCCUCACUGGCUGGAUUUGACUGGAACGCCGAAGGUCAGGUAGGGAAAUGGAAGAUAAGACUCCGGCACACUUGUUUCGAACUCCUCACUGGCUGGAACUAUAUAGAGAAGGUCGAGGAAAAAUGGUACUUCCAGUGGUCGCCCCUGUUGGGGGACAAGCCGAAAGCCGGAACGCAUUUUGGCAACUGCGGAGAAACAUAUCUCUUUCUUCAUAUGUUGUAA